UCUUCUUUCUCCUCUCUUGACUGGAGAAAACUUUCCUCUUGCCCCCCACCACCUCAACCUCCCCACCUUCCAGACUCCCCCAUUCCCUCACUAAAGUUGAAUAUCUCCUGGUCUUCUUUGGCAUACUCCUCCCCUUUUCCUCUUCCUCUAUUUCCAUCUCCAGUUCUCCAUUAAAAACGCUCCCUUCCCCUCUAUCCUCUAUAUCCAUUUCUCUGUAGAUAAUACCAAAAAAACCCAUCCCUUCUUUAUUCCAAUUCGUUUUUAUUAAUUCCUGUCCAAUCUGAUCAAACCCAAGAUCAAAGAAAGAAAAAGAAAAGGGAUCAAUGGCUGCUAACAAGUUUGCAACCAUGCUUCAUAGGAACACCCACAGGAUGGCGGUGAUUCUGGUGUACACCCUCCUGGAGUGGAUCUUGAUCGCCCUCCUCCUCCUCAACGGUUUGUUCUCUUAUCUGAUCGCCAAGUUUGCCGACUUGUUCGGCCUGAAGCCCCCCUGCCUGUUUUGCUCGCGGGUCGACCACCUUUUCGAGCCCGGCCGCGGUCGGAGCGCCUACCGCGACCUCCUCUGCGACGCCCACGCCGCCGAGGUCUCCCGGCUGGGCUACUGCUCCAAGCACCGGCGGCUCGCAGAGGUCAGCGACAUGUGCGAGGACUGCUCCUCGUCGCGGCCGGCGGAGGCGGACCGGACGGUGGCGCUGCUGUCGUGGAUGAAGAGGAGCGAGGAGGGGGAGAAGGAUCUGAGGUGCUCUUGCUGCGAUGUCAUUCUGGAGAGCGGCUUCUACUCGCCGUAUUUGCUCCUGAAGCCUUCUUCUUGGGGGGUGCUGGAGUAUGCCCAGAAGGAGAAUUUGGUGGCGGAGAUAGCAGAGGAUUGUGAAAGGACCGAUAAAGGUGCGGACUUUGAUCAAGAAAGGGACAAAGUUGCGAUCUUUGAUCAAGAAAGGGUGGAAGAGGAGAAGAUGGCGUUGCAGGAUGAUGGCGGUACGGCCGAGGAGAGGGAGCAGAAGAAGGAUGAUUUGGGUGCUCUCGUUUCAGAGCUAGAGGUGGAGCUGGAGCUAGAAGGUGAGGCUCUAAUUCAGUUCUCUGAGACAUGCCCCUUGGUGGAAGAUGCUUCUUUGCAGAUCCUGACUCAGCAUGUGGAGAACAUUUCGGGUGAGGAGCGGCUGCUUCCAGUGGAAUUGAUCGAUUCCAUAACCAUGACCAAGAGCUCUGUUUUGUCUAAGAUCGGUGAAGAAGAUAAAAGGGAGGAUGGAAAUGAUCAAGUAGAGACAAAUGACGGGGCUCUUGAAAGCACAAGCACUCCAGAUGAGAAAUUGGCAAUGGCUUCAAUUAUGGAAAAGGCUGAUGUUGUUGAAAUGUUUUCUUCUGUGCCACCUGCUGUGGAGCCUGAAGGGGAUUGCUCGUCUGAUCAUCAACAAUGUGCCGUUUCUCAAGAAAUUCCGACUCCAGUGAGCCUGCGAGACAAUGUUGAUGUUCAAGUGGAAGAACCUGUAGCUGUUGAAGAUAUUGCUGGACCACGAGCUUCUGAAGAAGAUGCUAAGGUGGCUGACACAGAGACUAAUUGUGAGAUAUCUAUAGGAAGUGAGAUAUGUGACGAAGAGCAUAUUGAUCAGGCCCAUUUUCAUGAACCAAUUCCUCUGUCUGUGGAUGUACAAGGUCAAUGCUCGGAAAGCUGCAAUGAAGCCAUUGAUAAAGACCAAGCACCUGAAACUGAACCAGUGGUUACCAUUGCGCAAAGUGCAGACCGCCUGUCUGUAUCUGGGGAGUUCAAUGAGGCUGAAGAGGAGAGAGCACCGGAGACACCAACUUAUAUUGAAGGGAUUCAUGGUUUACAUAAGAGGUUCAUGUUUGAAAGGAGAGAAGCUGGGACUGAGUCUGUAGAUGGAAGUGUCGCCAGUGAAAUUGAAGGAAGUGAACCAUUGACUAUGGAUCGCCUUAAAUCUGCUCUGAAAGCAGAACGCAAGGCCCUGAGUGCAUUAUAUGCUGAAUUAGAGGAAGAGAGGAGUGCUUCUGCCAUAGCUGCUAACCAAACCAUGGCGAUGAUAACUAGGCUUCAAGAAGAGAAAGCUGCAAUGCAGAUGGAAGCAUUGCAGUAUCAAAGGAUGAUGGAAGAACAAUCAGAGUAUGAUCAGGAAGCUUUGCAACUUCUGAAUGAAUUGAUGAUGAAGAGGGAGAAGGAGAAACAGGAUUUAGAGAAGGAGCUGGAGGUGUAUCGGAAGAAGAUUCUUCUUUAUGAAGCCAAGGAGAGGAGAAGGCUGGCAAGGAAUAACAAAGCCAGUGGUAGGAGUGGAACAUCUUCUGCUUCUUCAAGUGCCGAAGACAGUGAUGACCUCUCAUUUGAUUUCCAUGAAGGGGAUGAGUGCUCCUACAGCCUUAACGAAAGCAAUCAAAACACUCCAACUGAUGCUGUUUUGAAUUCAGGGACAGAUGAUGACACUGCAAAGCAUCUAAUUACGCUUGACGAAUCCUUGGCUGAUUUUGAAGAAGAGAGGCUCUCCAUACUAGAGCAGCUCAAGGCAUUGGAGGAGAAACUUUUUACAUUGGAUGAUGAAGACUCUGAUAAUGUGAAAGUCAUGGGACAUUUCUCAGAAGAAAAUGGGCAUGCGCCAAAUGGGAAAUAUGAAUCUCUAGGCGAUGAUGUUGACGAUGUUAUGAAUGGUUUCUCGGAUGAUUUGGAUACAAAGGAAGAGCAUCAGUAUGAACAGAGGAGCACUGGUUGUAGAGGAAAGAGACUUCUUCCUCUCUUCGAUGCGAUUAGUAUGGAAAAUGAAGAUGGACAAUGCACCAAGCAUGCCUCAGCUGAUAAUGCCCCCAAUCUUGCAAAAGAGCAGAUGAAGCUUGCAAUUGCAGAAGAGGUUGACAAUGUCUAUGAGAGGUUACAAGCUCUCGAGGCAGAUAGAGAAUUUCUCAAGCAUUGUGUUAGCUCCUUGAAGAAAGGAGAUAAGGGAAUGGAUCUUCUUCAAGAGAUUUUACAACAUCUUCGAGACCUGAGGAGUGUGGAACUUCGAGUCAGGAAUGCUGGUGAUGCUCUUGUUUCACUAUGACCAAGUUAGCACAAAAUCGAAGAUGGAUGCUGCUCGAAUGAAGUUGACUGGUGGUGUCAAGUCGGCCGUGAUAAGCCGCAGUGAUGAAGCCAAAGCUAAGGUCACAUAGAAGAUGACCAGUGGCUCAAGAGAAAGGCUGGGAGUAUGGUGUCAUGUGAAUGUUUGGUCAUGCCAGGGGAGGGAUUCCCUGGUUCUCAAUGUUUUGUUGGUUGCUUUAGCAUGUCUUGUGGAAGCAGGCCAGGGAUGCAGUCUGCCUUCCAAAGCCCUGGGUUUUUGUGGGCUUUUCCUUUCUUUCUUUUCCUUUCCUUUCUUUUUUCCCCUGUGGGAACUCAUCCCCUUCCCUGUAGGGCAAGGUGGAUGAGGCAGGGAAGGGUGGUAGGUCAGCCACUCAAUGAUGUGAGUGUGGUAGAAAUCAUGGCUUGCAAAGCUGGACAAAGUCACAUAUUCCACUGCCAGCUCCAUGGCCAGGUAUACAGCAGUUUAAAAGAAAAAGUAGGGUGAGUGGAGUUCCUUUUGUUCUUUUAUUUUUUUAUUUCUUUUUCUGAGAGAGGGAAAUGUAAUGUAGUUGUAUGAUGCUCUUGGAACAUGGGUUUUGCGUAUAUGUCUGAUAUACUUUGUAAUGUUUGCUAUCCUUUGAUGCCAAGCUUCAUGAAAAAGAAUAUAUGCAUA